AUGCCGAUGAAUGGAGCAACGAAACCCUUCGCCGUGCUCUGCACCGGCGGUCUCGGUUAUAUCGGCAGCCACACAGUGGUUCGCCUCGUCGAGGAAGGCUUCGACGUGACUGUCAUGGACAAUCUAUCCAAUGCCACAGAAGAAGUUCUUCGUCGUAUCCAGAAGAUCACACACUGUGAGGAUGACACCACGGGAGCCGGCAACACCGGCGACUCGCGUGACCGUCUCCGGUUCUUCAAUGUCGAUAUGUGCGACGAAGAAGCUCUCCAGAAGCUGUUCAAGAAUCGACACUUUGAUGCUGUCAUCCACUACGCAGGCCUGAAGGCUGUCGGCGAAUCGGUUGAAAAACCUCUGGAGUACUACUCCACUAACGUUGGGGGAACCAUCAAACUGCUAAAGGUCAUGGACGCCGCAGGCUGCCGCCGCCUGGUGUUCUCCUCUAGCGCCACAGUGUACAGACCCAAAGCUGGUCCAAUCGUUGAAACGGACCCAACCGGAGCGUCGAACCCUUACGGACAAACGAAGGCGAUGAUUGAACAGAUCCUGAAAGAUCUCCAUAAUGCUGAUAGUCGCUGGGGCAUUUCCAUUCUGCGAUACUUCAAUCCGGUUGGCGGCCACCCUUCUGGUCUUCUGGGCGAGUCCCCGGUACACCCGAAUAAUCUCUUGCCGUACAUCCAGCAGGUGGCGAUAGGUCGCCGGCCGCACCUCAAUGUUUUUGGAACAGACUGGGACACACCUGACGGAACUGGUGUGCGCGACUACUUGCACGUGGAUGACUUGGCCGAAGGCCAUAUUUCUGCCCUUCGAAAGCUCCAACGGGAGAAAGAGGGUUGCCUUCUCCUCCACAAUUUGGGUACGGGCCAAGGCCACUCGGUGCUGGAGAUGGCGGAUAUGUUCGAGCGUAUAUCGGGGCAGAAAAUCCCACGAAAGCCGGCUCCACGACGACCGGGUGACCUUAGCAGCGUGGUUGCGGAUCCAAGCUUGGCCGAAAAGGAGCUCGGAUGGAAGGCGCAGCGAUCGAUGCAGGAGGCGAUGGCAUCAGCCUGGAAGUGGCAGUCGCAAAAUCCCAACGGCUACGACACGCCUGCCUCGUAG